CCAGGUGCUGACAUGAUGGUCACAGCAGGAAGUCCUUGGGGCUGGUUCCUGGGGUACCUCCUCCUUGGGGUCACAGGGUCCCUCGCCUGGAGUGGCGGCAGCCACAUCAUAAACGGCGAGGACUGCAUCCCUCACUCGCAGCCCUGGCAGGCGGCACUGUUCAAGGAAGAUGAGUUUUUCUGCUCGGGAGUCCUCGUGCAUCCCCAGUGGGUGCUGUCAGCCGCGCACUGUUUACAGAACUCCUACACCGUGGGUCUGGGUCUGCACAGUCUUGAGGCCAACCAAGAACCAGGCAGCCGAAUGAUGGAGGUCCUCCUCUCCAUCCAGCACCCCCAGUACAACAAUCCCUUCUUCGCCAACGACCUCAUGCUCAUAAAGUUGAAGGAAUCCGUGUCUGAGUCGGACACCAUUCGGAAGAUCAGCAUCACUUCCCAAUGCCCAACACCUGGGGAUUCCUGCCUUGUCUCUGGCUGGGGUCUGCUGGAGAAUGGCAGGCUGCCCACGCUGCUCCAGUGCACGAACGUCUCGGUGGUGUCCGAGAAGGUCUGCAGUGAGAUCUACACCUCCCUGUACCACCACAGCAUGUUCUGCGCAGGCGGAGGACAGGACCGGAGGGACUCCUGCAACGGUGACUCUGGGGGCCCCCUGGUCUGCAACAGGUCUCUGCAGGGCCUCGUGUCUUUGGGACAAGCCAAGUGUGGCCAGCCUGGCAUGCCAAGUGUCUACACCAACCUCUGCAAGUUCACUGACUGGAUACAGAAAACCAUCCAGGCUAUUUAGCCUUGGGGAUUGGACCCACGGAACUGGCCUCCCUCACCCAGGAGCCCAGGACCUUAGUUACCAUCUCCCUGUGGCCCAGAGGUCCAGAACCCAGCCCUCCUCCCUCAGCUCAGGAGUCCAUUCAGAAUCUUUUCCUGUCUGCAAUGUCCUUAUCAGCCCAGUGUUUCCUAGCCUCACGGGUAUUAGGCUGGUUUCCACCCUUUGAUCCCCUUCCCCGCACCCCCAGUCCUCCCCUGGAGUAAAGUGUGAGAGCAGC